AUGGGUCCCGGGCUGAUGGGUGCCAGACGAGUCAGUAAUCUUUCAGAAGAGCAACGGAAGAGAAAAAGAGAGAACGACCGAAUAGCCCAGCAAAACAUCCGGCGCCGCAACAAGCAGCUGAUCGAGAAUCUUCAAAUAGAGGUGGACACCCUCAGAAAACAGAACGAUGGCACCGAUGUGCGUGAAGUCAUGCGUGAGAAUAACCGACUGAAAAAGGAGGUCCGCCUUCUGAGAAAAACCCUUAACAUUCACACUGGGCAGCAAUAUCAGUCGCCAGGCAUCGAUGUAGAAGAUGAGGCUAUUGGGGGCAAUAUGAGCGGAUACUAUGUACCACAUGAUGACUACGGAUCUCCUUACGGCGGCGGAAAUUCUUACGACCAUUGGCCGAACAGCGUGGUGCCCAUAUCAACUACGGCCGCGGUGAAGUCGGCCGGAUCGAGCCCGAGACCGUCGGCCCCCGGGGAGGAUCUUACGCCAACCUGCGGACACGCGGGAGUGCCGAUGGUAGAGGGGCAUGUUAUGGCGGCCCACACGUCUGCACCUAGCCUCGGAUCGGCCAAAACAAAGUACGAAGAACCGGAGGGAGGGCCCUCGACCGACCGUUACACCAACCAUGGUGCCCAAUCAUCCUCGGCGUUUCUCCAAGAAGGACACUGGCCGGGCUACCCGAACAGCAACUACUUCUAA